AUGAGUGACUCCAAGGUGAAGAAGAAGCAGAAAAGCAGACUGGUGCCUCCCGAGAGCAGACGUCGAGCAGCGUUCAGCUGCGACCGUUGCAAGACCAAAAAGAUCAAGUGCAACAGGACUGAUUUGGACGAAAACAUCAACAAGUUUGAUAAAGUCACCCCGUGUAACAAUUGCCAGAAAUCUGGUGUCGAGUGCACGACGAGUAUUCCAAGGAGAAGAAGAGUGUAUUCCUCGUUUGAGAAUUUGGGGAUGCAUUACCAGACGUUGUUGACCUUGGUGCAAGGGUUAUAUCCAGAUGUUGAUACCAAUGAUAUUAACGAAUUGAUUGGGUUGGGUGAGACUUUGGGGUUGAAAAUGUCUUCUGGGAUCCCUCAGGAUGAUUUGAAAAAGUUUGAUGUCGAGUCCAAGAUACUGAAACCGUUCUCCCCAAGAUUUGAAACUCCAAGUGGGAAUUCAGUUGCUGGUACUGAUGAUGGUGAUGGUGAUGGAGGUUCAAUUCAAGCUAUGAAUAAUACCCCAAAGGAAUCACAUGGAGGCCCAUCAAAACCUAGUGCACCAGCCUUUGCAACUUCUGAUACGUUGGUGUUUGAUUCAAAAGGUGGUUCUCAUUUCAUUGGAUCAUCAGGUACCCCAGUUUUAUUCAGUGUCUUGUGUGAUUUAUUGUUGAAAAGAUCUUAUAGAACCAAUCUAUCAUUUGAUUAUGAAUUGAAACUUUUCCAAAAUAGAGUUGAUAAUCAUUCUAAAGUUGCUAUUAGUGAGUUGAUUUUGAAAGAACCAAAUUUCCCCAUGAUUAAAUUCAUAUCAAAAGAGGAAUCUGAUUAUUAUAUCAAUUUUUUCUUUAGAUUUUUCCAUCCUUUUUAUUUCAUAUUUGAUGAACAAAUUUUCAGAUUGAAAUAUGAACGGUUUUGGAAAGUUUUGGAGAAUAAUUCAAAUGAAGAUGAGAAUAAAGAACCUUUAUCCAAUUCAUAUAUCGGAUGUAUUUAUCUUGUCUGGCUGAUUGCAUCUAAAAACUCAGAUUAUAAAACAACUCUAGAUUAUGGGAAGAUUUUAGAAGUGUUACAAAUCAUUUUAUCAGAUGUUGCAUUAGCAUCAACAAUCAAUUCAAUACAAUUCUUGUAUCUAUUUGCCAGAUAUUUACAUUCAAACAAGAAUAGAGAUUCUGCAUGGAACUUGAUAGGAUUAGCAAUAAGACAAGCAAUUUCAUUAGGUAUCCAUAAAAAAAUCAUGUCCAAAAAGACAGAACAUUUCAACCUAACAUCACAAGUAUUAUGGUCAUUAUACAAGAUUGAAUUAACUCUAUGCUCCACAUUUGGAAGACCAAGCAAUAUCAAUGAAGAUGAAAUAGAUAUUGAUUAUCCAAACUUGGAUCAAUUUCCUUACUUGGACCCACAAUUCAAGACUUAUUACAUGACAGAAGUUAAAUUAUCAAGAUUUUUAAAUAAGAUUCUAAAAGAACGUAAAAGUUCAAAUGGUCAACAACCAAUAUCGUUAAUCAACAUUGAAAGAACUUUAUUAAUGAAGAAUCAACUUAUCACAAUAUCUAAAGAAUUACAAAUGACUCCAAUGGAUCAGAUCAAAACAAUCUAUGACUACAAGUUAAACUUGGUAUUCAACUAUUAUAUGGUUACAUUAACAUUACCAUUCAUGGUUUACAUUGCAACAACAAAUUAUAAAGUUCGUACAGAUGAAACGUUAUUAAACAUUAUGAAAACGGGGAUAAACGCAUCAAUGAAAUGUUCCAAACUGCUAAGACUAGCUGUUGAUAUGAAAUUUAAUUAUGGUGCUCUUGCCACUGAUUGUAUUUAUGGAUAUUCAGCAACUUUAGUAUUGGCAUUAUUCUUCAUCUAUUUAUCAAAUAGUUCUAAUGAUAUGUUGGAAUUGGAUAUUGAUGAGCAUAUGGUUGAUAAGAAAGUAUUGAUGGAGUGUAUUACGAAUGUCACUUUCUUCAUGAAUAGUUCAAGGUUAGAUUUAACUACAACUAGAAUAUUGGAAGUUUUAGAAGGUAUAAAGAAUGAUUUAAAAUUGGUUGAAAUUCAAGAUAAUUUGAAGUUUGACGUGCUCAAUUUUGAUGGGAGUGACGAGGUUUUUGAUUCCUUAUUAAUGAAUAAUGAUAUUUAUACAAACGGAUUUGAUUUAGGUACUAGUAUUGGGUUUUAA